CAUUUUAGCGGGAAAGAUCAGACGUAGGACGACCUCGCGCCUGCGUGCGCCUUAAAAACGGCGGUUUGCGCGUCUGUCUUCCUGCUUGCCUGACACUUUGGGGAGGAAGAUGCUGGCUUUCGGUCUUCGACAGUUGUCUCGGCCCCUGGUAUGUGGUGGGGUGCGAGGGCUGUGUGCGAGGUCGGCGUCCUCACACACCUCUGACUUCAGUCGCUGGACAGGCCAGGAGAGCCUGGCAGAGGACGAUGCAGAGAUGUGGCGACUGGUGCAGCUGGAGAAGGACCGUCAGUGUCGUGGCCUGGAGCUCAUUGCCUCUGAGAACUUCUGCAGCAAGGCAGCCCUGGAGGCGCUGGGCUCGUGCCUCAAUAACAAGUACUCGGAAGGCUACCCCGGGAAGAGGUACUAUGGGGGAGCUGAAGUUGUUGACCAGAUUGAGUUGCUGUGCCAGAAGCGGGCUCUGGAAGCCUUCGACUUGGACCCCGAGCGCUGGGGAGUGAAUGUUCAGCCCUACUCGGGCUCCCCGGCCAACUUCGCUGCCUACACGGCGCUGCUGCAGCCCCACGAGCGCAUUAUGGGCUUGGACCUGCCGGAUGGUGGACACCUGACCCAUGGAUACAUGUCUGACAUCAAGCGGAUCUCGGCCACAUCCAUUUUCUUCGAGUCCAUGCCAUACAAGUUAAAUCCUCAAACUGGACUCAUUGACUACCAGCAGCUGGAGGUGACUGCACGUCUUUUUCGGCCCCGCCUCAUCAUCGCGGGCACCAGUGCCUAUGCCCGCCUGAUUGACUACGCCAGAAUGAAGGAGAUCUGCACGGAGGUCAGGGCGCACCUUCUGGCUGACAUGGCUCACAUCAGUGGUUUAGUGGCAGCGAAGGUCAUCCCAUCACCAUUUGAGUAUGCAGACCUGGUGACCAGUACGACACACAAGACCCUGCGUGGGGCAAGGGCCGGACUCAUCUUCUACCGCAAAGGCGUCAGAUCUGUGGACAAGAAGACGGGGAAGGAGCUCCUGUACGACUUUGAGGACCGCAUCAACUUUGCUGUGUUUCCGUCCCUGCAGGGUGGUCCGCACAACCACGCCAUUGCUGCGGUCGCAGUGGCACUCAAGCAGGCAUCUGCGCCAGCAUUCAAGCAGUAUGCCACCCAAGUGCUGAAGAAUUCCAAAGCCAUGGCCGGGGCCCUCCUGAAGAAGGGCUACACAUUGGUGUCAGGUGGCACUGACAACCACCUGGUGCUGGUGGACCUGCGACCCCAGGGGAUGGAUGGAGCUCGAGCUGAACGUGUCUUGGAGCUGAUGUCCAUCACCGCCAACAAGAACACCUGCCCCGGAGACAAGAGCGCACUGACGCCCGGCGGCCUUCGACUCGGCGCCCCGGCCCUCACGUCUCGGCACUUCAACGAAGCCGACUUUGAGAAAGUUGUGGAUUUCAUAGACGAGGGCAUCAAGAUUGCUUUGGAUGUGAAGAAGAAAACGACCAAGCUCCAGGACUUCAAAUCUUUCCUGCUGACCGAUGAAGAGACCAAAGCGCGAGUGGCUGAAGUGCGGCACCGGGUCGAGUCCUUUGCCCGAGGCUUCCCCAUGCCAGGUUUUGACGAGCGCUAGCUGCCUGCAGGGACUGACCGGUGACCUGUGGUAGCCUCGCCCAAGAGAUCAUGGCGUAUUGAUGGCUCUUUACAUGUAAAUAACAGCAAAGCACUCAUGUGAGCGGAAAGGCUGAGUGAUGGCUUCUCGGUGAGGGCCCCAUCAUGGCUGGACUUCUUCAUUCCUUCUAUUCUUAACUUGUAGAAAUCCUGCAUAUAAAUUACGGAGCGGAGGCGGCAGGCCUUUAAUAAACGC